GGCCAUCUACAACGUGCAGUCGCAAUUACACAUCGGAUGUGCCUUUCCCCGCUCGCUGUCUGUUAAACUUUCUUCAAACUUUUUUUGGGUCUCGUUCUCUCUCUCUCUGCCUCAAGUGCGAAAUUAAUAUGCAGGCAGACACACGGGAGAUAUGUCCAUGGAUUUUUCUGCUUGGAUAAAGCAUGUGGCAAAUAUCUGCAACAAGUUAUGGUGUCGUUCGCCUCUGACCUUUACAGGAUCAGCCUUGGAUAGUUGGAAUUAGCAGAUGUGAACUUGAAAGACUGAAUACACUUUAUUGCGAUAGGUUGCUGAGUUCUAGAUACGCGUGAGCACCCCUUGCAUGCCCGUGAUAUAAAGGUGCACCUCCGAUCAGUGGGUACAUGUUAAACUUGUUUCGUCUCAUUUUGUGUUACAAACGACACAUCUUCUUCUAGCUAUUGGCUUGUUGUUGCCAGGUCUUUGAUCAAUUAAUUUAUCGGGAUUAUUGACGAUUGAAUAUUAUCGGCGAUUGGAUAUUAUAGCCUCUUUCUUUAUCAGAACAGGAUCAUGGAUAACAAGUUUAUGUCUCACUUUGGGGUCUUGAGCUGGCCUGCUUUGCCGAAGCGAACAACUGCUGUUCUACACCGCAUCAUUCCAUCUGUAUUCUCUAACCUUAUUGAAGAUUCCAGCAAAGAUGGUGAUGUUGUAAAAUUUGACCCACCUCCGCUUCUUGACGGUGAGGUGAUCAUCGGUCAUACACCAAAUGUACUCAAGUUUGAUUCUUAUAAUGGGUUGAACCGUGGAAUAUCGGGAUCACUCUACUGCACCAAUUUCAAAAUCAGCUUCGUCACAGCUAACAGACCGAUGCAACAUGUGAUUGAAAUAGACCACAGAAAUCAUCUUUUCAAGGAGAAUGACAUUCCACUCACAGCCGUUGGUCAACUUUUUCAGGUCAGUAAUGGUAAACGACGUCAGAUGCUACCUGGAAUGGGUUCAACCAGUCAUGUCAAACUCAUCGAGAUCAGAUCAAAGAAUUUUAAAGUACAUAUGUUCAGCUUCAAGUUUGCCCCCAAGAACACAGUUAAAACGAUGGUCAACACAAUCUUGCAUCAUGCCUUCCCAACCAAUCCACAACUUCUCUUUGCCUUCUUCUUCGAGCUUCCAAACAACUCUCCCAACUCACGGCCCAAGCGCUCGGAGUCCGCCCACAACUCCCUCACAAACGGACACGAAGUGAAGAAAGCGUUACCGGUCCGCAGCGGAAGCCGCAUCAAGGGUCUGCUUCACCCUCAACCCAAAUACACGCCUUAUCGUGACAGGGUAUCGUCCACGCCUCCGCCCCCGCCGCCGAACAAACCGGACCGGGAGAGGCACGGGAGGACGCCACAGUUCAGGAGGGUGGCAGACUGGGAACAGCAGAUUAAGAGGAUGGGGGCAACGAAUGUACGGGUCACAGAGGUGAACAGAGAGUUUAGGUUAUCAGACAGCAUGCCAGAGUACUUUGUUGUACCAAGCCCGUGUACAGACUAUGAGCUGAAGAAGGCAUCACCACAAUUUGAAGAUGGCAGAGUACCGUUCUGGUGUUGGAGUCACAGGAAUGGUAGUAUGUUGAUGAGAAUGACAGCGCUCUGUGACAGUGUACUGGACAAUGAGUCUGAAAAGUGGAUUAUUGACAGUGUAAUGCUAAGCCACCCCUCCAAGGUUCACCCAGACAUCAUUGACCUAAGUAGAGAGUGUCCAAGUAUACAGGAGCUACAAAGUGGCUACCAGAAGCUCCAGUCUAUGUGCAUGCCAGAAAACAUCAAGGACUUCUGGACGACAGAUGAGAAGUGGUAUUCAACAUUAGACAGUACCAAGUGGCUUCAAACUAUAGGAACAUGCCUCAGCCUUGCAAAGGAAGCAGCUGAUAAGAUCUACCUAGCAGAGAAGACGGUUAUUAUUAAAGAAUCACAAGGUAGAGAUUACUCCUGUGUAGUAGCAAGUCUUGCUCAGAUCAUGCUGGACAGUCAUUACCGAAGUCAACUGGGAUUUCAGAGCCUUAUACAGAAAGAGUGGAUUGUAGCUGGACACCCAUUCCUAGAUAGGUGUGGACACUGUGUCCCUAGCAGUGGAACAGAGUCUCCAGUCUUCCUGCUAUUCCUUGACUGUGUUCACCAGCUGAUAGAGCAGUUCCCUUCAGCCUUUGAGUUCACAGACACCUUCCUGAUAGCCCUCUGGGACAGCAUGCAUUCUGGCAUCUUUGGUACAUUCCUGUUCAACAGUGAGCGUCAUCGGACAAGGACCUGCGUCAGUAGCAACAAGGGCCAGUACCAGACCACCCAGCUGGCCACAGUGUGGGCCUGGACGCUGCAGUUCACCAAGGAUGACCAGGCCCUCUUCACCAACCCUCUCUACAUUGCCAAGUCAGACCUCAAGUAUAAUGAUAUCUUGGAUGAGGAACCUGACUACAGGCAGGGGUGCAAUGCCGGCAUCUAUCGCAGCAUCCGCAGGUUGAACAAUGGCAAGUCGUUCAUUGGCUCUGACUUCAAAGAAAUGGACAGUUGGACAUUCAAUGGUGGGAAGAGAAGGAAGAACCCUAAUGUGAAUGGUGCUAAUUCAGCGAGCAGCGUGUUUGCACAUUGCGAGGAAGAGAUAAUCAUACCGCUGCUGCAGACACCCACGAUCACAUUCUGGACUCAUUGUUACCUUCGAUGGGUGCCGAGUGUUCACACGAUAGGUGGUGGCAGUCCCGCGAUCUACCAGCAGCAGUGCAGACUGGUAGAUGAGAUACAGCAACUCAGAGAAACCCUAGAGAACCUGAAGGUAGCCAAAGAAUCCAUAGCAGCACCUCCUACGAAGCCGAAGCGAAAGAGCAGGUUGUUUUUCACCUCGCAGGAUGACUUGAAACGGAAUCACGAGAGGCUCACCUCUGCCUUUCCCUUCUCCAUCAGUGAUCUGGAGUUCCUAGGUGGGGAUCGGAACUCAUUUCUGGGUACACCCCUUGCAAAGUUUCUAGGAGGACAGAGUUUAUUAGAGCAGGAGGGUGAGAUAGCAGAGAGUGAUGCAGAGACCUCUGAGGAGAUGUAACUCUUCCAUUACAGACUUCAAUAUGAAUGUUUAUAAGGACAGUGCCUAUGGAACACUGUAUUUGCCUCAGAGAUAUAAUACUUGACCUUGACGUCGGCCAGUGUAACUCUGUGUAACCUCAACUUGCCGAAUCAAGAUUGUCUGGGAAUCACCGCUAAAUAUCCCAUCAUACUUCCCUUCCUCUACACAUCUUACAUCAUCGAAAUUAUAUCAUGCUCAUUUGUAAAAAGAAAUCCUCAUUUUCAUCACUCGGUUCUUCCAGCCACCAUGGAGACUUAUUGAAUUGACUAAUACAGAUUAUAGAGAAUGUUCUCUUGUGUUUUGGAUAUGUAAGAAGAUCACAAAGAUGUUAGUCUAGACUAGAUUAACUGUAAAUAUAUCAUUCUAAUAGGAGUGCAAUAACAAAGAAAAUGAUAGUAUGCAUUUAUUGAUUGGUGUAUUUAUCUUGAUAUGUUUUAUAUUCCUCAUUAUAUAGGCCUAUUGAAAAAAAACUACUUAAUUUGCAAAUUUUUCUCUGAAAUGAUUGUUUUUUUUUCACUUAAAAAUGUAAGUAUGAUGUAUUUGAUGCAUUAGCACACCUACACUUGUACACUUGAGUAAUCCUCAAUAAGCUAGUACUGUUUUAAUAGUAAUAUUCCUGACUCUAUUCAAGUAUUUAAGCAUGAUUGUACAGCAUAGACCUCAAUGCUCAUCGAUGAUCAAGCUUCUUGCAAGUUAAGUGAUUAAAUUCAUACCCAAUGAAUAGGAUGAGCUAUUGCUUAAUUUGGGAAUGAUUAUUUCUCAGUGUUAUUUCUUAGAUGUACAUCACAGGAUUCUGUUUUGUGUUUGACUUUUUCACUCUCAAGAUUUCUUUUCACUUUCCCUAACAAAUACUGCAUAAGAGCUUGUUUCUUUGACCCAACACAGUCAUGUUAUUCAAAAAAUAAAAAAAAAUGAGAAUGCCUUUAGUAAUGUCUGUAUAAAGUAGCAUGUGCAAAUUUGUAAAUGGAAUACAACAUUUGAAUUUACAUACGUGCAUCUAUAACUUAUCUCGGCCAUAACUGGAGCACAUCCAAAGAUGAAUAAAAGCACUUACAAUGGGUUAAUGUAAUGAGCCAGGUGCAUUGCUAUGCCAAUACAUAGAUUAUCUUUUUGUAGGUAUACAUGAAGCUCCCCUCCCCCACAAUAAGAAUUACCAUAGAAAAAAAUGGCAUCCAAACUGAAUUGGUCUAUAGGAGAACUGGAAAGUUACAGGUUUUCGUAGACCUGAGUAAGUUCAGACUUUAUCAAUUUGUAAGCAAAUUGCAAGCUUGAAUCAGUUUAUGUGAAUUCUGCAGUCCUUUCUAAAGUAUGGUAGCCCAAUAGGGCAGAUAAUCUAGCCAACUUUUACACAAUCUAGCUGUUAUCAAAUAAACACUGAAAGAAAAGAAAUAAUGGUGUGCUGAAAACAAGGUCAUUAUGAUAUGACAGUCUUUUCACGCCAUUCAAUAUCAGCUGGGGAGUUUAACAUUACUGUCUGUAUCAUAACAAGUUUGUUGUACACAGCUGCAACUCAACACAAUGAAACACAAUCAUAGGGAAUAAACUACCGUUUCCCUGGGCUGUAUUCAGUGUGUACAGUCAGCCAUAAAAUCUUUUAUAUGAAUAUCAGUUGAGAAGCAGACAUUGUAUUUCAGUUGCUAUUUUGUAAUGAAACAAGACUUCCCCUUGUAUUUUGAUAUUGGUUUAAACUGCUAUCUUUCGAGUGCACCUUUUUGGUAUCAACCACCUGCAUAUACCUGUAUAGAUCAUAUGUCUGUUUUUCUUGAAUGUUACUAUUUAUUGGAGCAUGUACUUACAGAAAUCUCUCCAUCAAGAUCACCUCCCUAAAAAUAACAUAUCCCCUUUUUUCUUCCCUGAGAAGUCUUUCUAACGUUUUUCACCACUUAGGUGUCAUUUACAUUCUCAAGGUUGUCCCCACUAUAUACACAAUGGAAUAAAAACUUUAUAGGGUCACUCAGAAGCCUGUUCACACCAAUUAUGGGUCAGUGAGACUGACUGGAUUUUCACAAAAUAAAUAUAAAUCUCCUCACAAAGUGAUCAUAUGAGACAAAGGUUAUCAAUAUUUGCUUUCAUAUUCCAAAGUGUGUGAUAUUAUCAUCAGUUCUUGUAAACCAAUAUGCAAACAAGCAAUUAAUCCAGAUACAGAAAACGGUUAAGGUGAUAGCCUCAGAAUUAAAGAUCAAAUGUCAAGACUUAAGCACUUCUUGGUGUGUUUUUUUUAUUGACAUACAGAUAUUCUAAUAAUAAUAUAGUUAUUAGAUGUUUGUAAUAUAAUUGGUCAAAGAUAUUACAAAAAUUGCUUUAAAAGAAUGAUAUUCAUAUAAAUUCCCAAAUGGAGACCAUGAACGAGAGUUGAGCUGAAUCAUAGAAAAGAUUUUCAUAGUACAUUCCGGAAAACAAGGAUUAUAUUAUACUAAUUUAUUCAUAAAUAAUAUUCAUUCGAGCUCAUUUGAACUUAAAGCUCAGACAGAUUAUUUGGAAAAGUAAAACUAUUUGGUGAUGAAAAUAAGUACGGCUGUACAAUACGGCCCAUGUUCUGAACUUGGGGUUUAAAUCAAACAUUGGUUUAACUCUUCAUGCGUUCACCUGUAAACCCCCUGUGUGUUGCAUUAUUUUAGCAGUGAUCCCCUCUACGCAGUAUAAUACACUCUGUUAUUCAAAGUGCCAUAACUUUUUAUAUGAUCAUUUUGAAAGAAAAUGUUGCGUAGCAAACUUGUAGAGUGUUUCCUGUGCUUUCUUAUCGUAUAUAAAUUUAUCGGA